AUGGAGAAAAAGGUUUCCCUCAAAUCACUUUCCAAAUUUGCACUUUCAAAUGUGGCUUUGUUCCUCCCAAUAAAAACAGCUUUUCAGGUGAGAUAAGUGAAUAAAACUUUCGAUGAAGCUGUUUAUAUUGGAAUUAACUGUCUAUAUUAUGAUAUUCAAGAUUAAGCUGCAAGGUUUGAAUAUAUAAUGGAGACCCAGUUUGAUUCUGAUACAAGAUCUGAACAUAAAACAUUGAGAGCGAAUGAACUACUUAUUAAUCAAGUUCUUCAGCAAUCAAUUUAAAAUGCAGGUUAAGGAGAUAACUUGUUUAAGAACUUUAAGGAGUUAUCUUAUCUAAAAAAGCCAAACCAUUUAAUUGAAAAACCUAUCAUAGCAGUGCUAAUUCUGUUAAAUAAGUGCCCUAAGAUUAAAGCAGAAGUGGAUUUCAUGAAAAAAGAAGAUAUUGAUGAAAUCUGGGUCAAGAUUAGAGAUAACUUGAAGAAUAAGUAAUUUUUGAACUAAUUGAAAGAAUUUGACAUUAGAACUAUAUCUGAUCCCCAGAUCAAAUAAAUCCAAUCUCUAUUUGCAAACGACCCAUGGAUGACUGUGUCUUGGAUUCGGAGAGAAUCUGUAUUUGCCCUUAACCUAUUUAUCUGGGUUGCCAAGAUUAUUGAGUAUAUUUAAGUUGCUGCUAAACUAAGUAAAUUAGGAGUUAAGGUUAUUGAAGAAAAAAGAGAUUAAUGCUUAAAAAUUAAAUCUGAUCUAGAUAAAAUAAAAGAAAUGAAAGAAAUAUUUAUGAAAAUUAAGGAUCCCUAGCAUCAGACAGAGAAGAAAUCUUUGAAAAAUGGGCAUAAAAAAAGCAAGAGUAUUAGUUAAGAUGCUGCUAACUCUUCAAAAACACCUAAAAAUUGA